AUCUCUUUCCCGGCCAUCUUCCUCCCUCAUUGAGAAGCCGGUUACGAACUCAACGCCACAAAAAUGCCGAAACUAACCUUUUUAUUUGCCAAAAUUCCACUCCCCGCUCUGUUUCUCCUCCUCGUCCUCUCCUUACCCUUUCAAGUAAUUUCCCAAAAUCUGGACGAUGAACGAUCAAUCCUACUAGACGUUAAACAACAACUCGGCAAUCCACCGUCACUCCAAUCGUGGAAUUCCUCAUCCUCGCCCUGUGAUUGGCCGGAAAUUAAAUGCACCGACAAUACCGUCUCUGCAAUUUCACUCCACAAUAAGGCCAUCAGCGAGAAAAUUCCAGCCACGAUUUGUGACCUCAAGAACCUCAUCGUACUUGACCUCUCCAACAAUGACAUUCCCGGCGAGUUCCCGGAUAUUCUCAAUUGUUCCAAGCUUGAAUAUCUGCUCUUGUUGCAAAACUUCUUCGCGGGUCCAAUUCCAGCUGAUAUUGAUCGACUUUCACGUCUCCGGUACCUGGACCUCACCGCAAACUUCUUCUCUGGAGAUAUUCCCGCAGCAAUUGGGCGGCUACGGGAGCUGUUCUACUUGUUUCUGGUCGAAAAUGAGUUCAACGGCACCUGGCCAACAGAGAUUGGUAAUUUGGCGAAUCUUGAACAUUUGGCCAUGGCCUAUAAUGACAAAUUCAUGCCCUCAGCCCUUCCAAAAGAGUUUGGCGCAUUGAAGAAGCUGAAGUAUCUGUGGAUGACGGACGCGAAUUUGAUCCGCGAAAUACCGGAGAGCUUCAACAAUCUGUCGAGUCUGGAACACUUGGAUCUCUCACUCAACAAAUUGGAAGGUACGAUCCCGGGAGGCAUGCUUACGUUGAAGAAUUUGACCAAUUUGUAUUUAUUCAAUAAUAGAUUGUCCGGCCGCAUUCCUUUAUCCAUAGAAGCUCUCAACUUGAAAGAAAUUGAUCUUUCAAAGAACUAUUUGACGGGGCCGAUACCAGCGGGUUUCGGGAAGCUACAAAAUUUGACGGGUUUGAAUCUUUUCUGGAAUCAGUUGUCAGGAGAGAUACCAACAAAUAUAAGCCUCAUUCCUACACUGGAAACCUUCAAAGUUUUUAGCAAUCAAUUGAGUGGAGUUUUGCCUCCAGCAUUUGGCCUUCAUUCGGAGCUCAAAAGCUUUGAGGUUUGCGAGAAUAAACUAAGCGGGGAAUUACCUCAACAUUUAUGCGCUAGGGGGGCUUUGCUUGGAGUGGUUGCUUCCAACAACAAUCUCAGCGGGGAAGUGCCCAAGUCCCUCGGGAAUUGCAGAAGUUUGCUCACCAUUCAGCUUUCCAACAAUCGCUUUUCAGGUGAGAUUCCUUCCGGCAUCUGGACAUCCCCGGACAUGAUAUGGGUGAUGUUAGCUGGAAAUUCAUUCUCGGGGACACUUCCAAGUAAAUUGGCAAGGAAUUUGUCCAGAGUGGAGAUCAGUAACAACAAGUUUUCUGGUCCAAUUCCUGCUGAAAUCUCUUCUUGGAUGAACAUAGCUGUGCUCAAUGCCAGCAACAAUAUGUUGUCAGGAAAAAUUCCAGUGGAAUUGACCAGUCUUCGGAACAUCUCUGUUCUGUUGCUUGAUGGGAAUCAAUUCUCGGGUGAGCUUCCCUCCGAGAUCAUCUCAUGGAAGUCGCUCAAUAAUUUGAAUCUCUCAAGAAACAAACUUUCUGGCCCAAUUCCCAAGGCAUUAGGUUCUUUACCUAACCUUAAUUACCUCGACCUGUCAGAAAACCAGUUCUCAGGUCAAAUUCCUCCUGAACUUGGUCAUUUGACGCUUAAUAUCCUCGAUCUAUCGUUCAACCAACUCUCUGGGAUGGUCCCCAUUGAGUUUCAAUAUGGAGGAUAUGAACACAGUUUCUUGAACGAUCCCAAGCUGUGUGUCAAUGUUGGCACUCUGAAACUCCCUAGAUGUGAUGCCAAAGCUGUUGACUCCGACAAAUUGUCAACUAAAUAUCUCGUUAUGAUCCUAAUUUUCGUUGUAUCUGGUUUCCUAGCUGUUGUUUUGUUCACCCUGCUCAUGGUUCGAGAUGAUAAUAGGAAGAAUCACAGUCGAGACCAUACAGCUUGGGAGGUUACCCAAUUCCAAACACUAGAUUUCAAUGAACAGUACAUAUUGACCAGUUUGACGGAAAAUAAUUUGAUCGGACGCGGUGGGUCAGGGGAAGUAUACCGAAUUGCUAAUAACCGUUCUGGUGAACUCCUAGCGGUUAAAAGGAUUUGUAAUAAAAGGAAAUUGGAUCACAAGCUUCAGAAACAAUUCAUAGCAGAAGUCAGGAUAUUGGGCGCCAUACGCCAUUCCAAUAUAGUGAAGUUGUUGGGUUGCAUAUCAAAUGAAAGUUCAUGCCUUCUUGUUUAUGAGUACAUGGAGAAGCAGAGUUUGGAUAGAUGGCUUCAUGGGAAAAAGCAGAGAACAUCGUCCAUGACAAGUUCAGUCCAUAACUUUGUCUUGGAUUGGCCAACAAGGUUGCAGAUUGCCAUCGGAGCUGCAGAAGGCCUACGCCACAUGCAUGAAUACUAUUCUGCCCCGAUCAUACACCGAGAUGUGAAGUCCAGCAACAUCUUGCUAGAUGCUGAGUUCAACGCGAAAAUUGCGGAUUUUGGAUUGGCCAAGAUGUUGGUCAAGCGAGGAGAGCCCAACACCAUGUCAGGAAUUGCAGGCUCUUAUGGAUAUAUUGCCCCUGAGUUUGCUUAUACAAGAAAGGUGAACGAGAAGAUCGAUGUAUACAGCUUUGGAGUAGUCUUGCUUGAGCUGGUGAGUGGGAGAGAACCCAACAGCGUGAACGAGCACAAGUGCCUCGUAGAAUGGGCAUGGGAUCAGUUCAGAGAAGAGAAAAGCAUUGAGGAAGUGGUGGAUGAGGAGAUCAAGGAACGAUGUGACAGAGCACAAGUGACCACUCUCUUCAACCUAGGCGUCAGGUGCACUCAGACAUCACCAUCAGAUAGGCCCACAAUGAAGAAGGUUCUGGAAAUUCUUCAACGGUGCAGUCAGCACUCAGCAGGGCCAUUGAAGAAGAAAAAGGACCAUGAAGUUGCACCCCUGCUUCGAAAUGGCACUUAACCCACCACUCACAAGCAUAGCAACAAGGGAUCAGACAACGGAGAUGACGAUAUCUUGGUUUGAAAUUUACAGUCUGUACCUGAAUCUCAUAAGAAAGCUUGUAAAUAAAGCCAAUGGCUGGCUUCCCUAGCAAAAUCCAUGGUACAAAUGCGUUGUUUCUUCAAUGGAGUCUCAUGCAAUUUUGUUUCUUCCCUGGUUGAAGGCCACUGUGCUGUCUACCAAAGAAUGUUUUGUUUACUGUAAAAAAAAUAAUAAAAGAAAAUUAAAUA